AUAUCAACAUACAUAUCAUUUAUGAGCAAGAGCAAGUUCCAGGUUCGUAACAGUCAGUACCUCCCACCAGAAUGGCGCAUCAAAGUUUCUUCUCCAAAACGUUUAUAAAAGACAUGAUUUAAAAAAAAAAAAAAAGUUUAUCAAUUGGUUUAUUGUUGACAAGUAAUAUGACAGUAAAUAAAUGAAAUAAAUUGACGAUUGACAGUGAAAUAGACAUGAGUGCUCCGAUGUCAGUGAGUAGUGCGAGCUCUUCGACAGCACCAGGUAUGGAAACUGUGGUAGCGGUAGCACUGGGUGCUCUGGCUGCUGUAUUUCUUGGUGCCUUGUUUGUACUGCUGGUUAUAUGUCGUCGUCAACGUUGUUAUUAUAAAGACGCAGACUUGAACUCAGACUUGCUGGAAGUUGAUAACGGAUGUACUUUGGGCCUGGAUGCUUGGGAAGGCGAAGAAUGGCUUGCUGGUGCUGAAAGAUGGGUUGAUGAUGCUACUGGAUUAGCUCCACCUUGCAUCGCUGUAUUACGGUCAUGUCAUUCACUCGCUGCAAGUCUGACAGCUAUUGCUGGAACUGUCAACAGCAAUACUGUACCUCUAGAAAUUGUUGAUGUUGCGCGACGUAUUCCACCACGUGUUGAUGAUGUAGUACGCAGUUUGUAUCCACCAUUGGAUGCAAGACUCCUGGAAGCGCGUGUCGCUGCUCUGGUACUGGCAGUAACUCAUCUCGCGCUUGUUACCAAACACGGUGUUCCUAAAAGUCAAGCUAGGAAAUUAGCAUUCAUUGAUCAAGCGCUGCAAGACAUGGAUACUCAUCUACUGGUACUGAGAAAUGCUGCUCUAGCUCAGGAAACUACUUGUUCUAUUCCUGCAUCUACACCAGUUUAAUAUACUUCAUUUAUUUCUUAAAUAUAUAAAUAUAUAUAUUUUUUAUCUCACAUUAGGGUUAUUCUCUGACAGUGUCCUCACUUUUUAAAAAUUUUCAAUGACAACUGUCAAAAUGGUAUCAAAAUUUUAUCAAAAAAAUUACUUGCAGUUGAUAUCAAUUGGAAGUUAAACGAAAUUUUUUGAAUAAAUUUUAGUAAAAAAAUCUUAAUACCAAUUUUAUAAUUCGAAUUUUCAAAUUUUGUAGCCUGAAAUUUAUUCAACAAAUUUCGUUCAACUUUU